AUGCUUCCGCGCUUGGAGAUCAUGGUGCUGGCGCUGGCGGUUGUGGUUCAGCUUCUAUAUGUCCAGUUUUACGAUGCCUUCAUGAAUUGGAGUGGUCAUGUGAAUGGGACGCUUGUCGAAGAACAUCAGGUGGUGGUGGAAGUGAAGGAGUUUCUGUCCCCGGAUUGCGACGGGCCACCGGCGCGGGUGUGGCACAUUCCCCCGGCCUCGACGUGCAUUUCCGUGUCUCCGCCAGCGCUUGGAGGGAGCGCGGCGUUGUUCGGCCGCGUGUCCUGCGAAUCGCUGCGCGAUGAAGACGGCGGCUUUUGCGGCAUCAGCUUCGCCGGUUUCGCAGCGGCCUCCUGGCGGUGUAUCAAGCUGUCCGACCUGCCGCGGAGCUUUGAGGUGCCUGGGAGUUUGCUUGGGAAAUUUAUUGUGCAGGCGCUUCGCGCCUCCAUCCCGGAGAUGGAGGCUGUCCCAGGCGCGCUGGGGCAGGUGGUGGACCUCGGCGCCGGAAACUUUUCGGAUGCCGUGGCCAGGUCCGGGCUGAGCUUCGUGGAGUUUUAUGCGCCGUGGUGCGGACAUUGUAAGAAGCUCGUCCCGGAGUGGGAGAAGACGGCGGAGCUGAGUGAGGACGCGGGGAUCCUGGUGGCGAAGGUCGAUGCCAUUGCCCACAAGGCGCUGGCGCAGGAGCAGGAGGUUCAGUCCUUCCCCACAUUGAGACUCUACAGGGGCAACCCCAAGGUCUCUGUGAAGUACGAGGGCCCCCGCACCGCAGACAAGAUGGCGGAGUGGGCGAAGGGCAAGCUCACAGAGCAGUUCGUGAAGCGCCUCACGGGUUCGGCCGAAGAGGUGCUGUCCUUCCCACAGCAGAGCAUCGCUGUGGUGGGACUACUCGACGGCAUCAUGGAGAGCAGCAUGCUUUUUCAGGUGCUGGAGGAUGUGUCCUUCGCGCUGAACCCCAAGGGUGCGGCUACAGGCGUCCCCGUGGGCAUCAUCGAGUCCGCCUCCGCCGAGUUGCUGCAGGGAUUAGGUUCUGGCAGCCAGAAAGUACCGUGUGUUGCACUAGUUCGCAACUUCGAUUUCGAGGAGAAGGUGCUCUUCUUCUCUGCCAGCAACAGCUGGAGAGAAAGCUUUGAAGGCUUGAUGUCCUGGAUCGCCAAGAAGCAAGUACCGGCUUUGAUCCCGGGAUCCGAGCAGACGGAGAAGUUCUUUCUGCAAGAGAUCGAUCCGGGCAACGGCCUAGUUCUCUACUUUGGCGAAGAUGAUAAGCUCAGACGUGAUCUGCAUGAAUUGGCCGUGGCCUCCAAAGAGAAGAGGCUCAAGUGGGUGCACCUCAAGGCGGAUUCCUUCGGAGAGAGCCUGGCCAAAAAUGUCGGCCUCGCCAAAGCCGACUUCCCGGAGGUGGCCAUCUGGGAGUUUGGGGAGUCGGAAGACGACGACAAGGUUUUCCGCCUGUCGCAGCAGUCCUCCGAGAAAAGCCCCUCGCGGUCUGCGGUGCAGGCCUUCGUGAAGGACUGGCAGAAGGGCGACCUGGCCGCCGAGAAGGAUCCUGUGACAUCAGUGACAAGUGACACCUUCGACAGCAUCGUCAUCAACAACAACAAGGAUGUGCUUGUGGAAUUCUAUGCCCCGUGGUGCGGCCACUGCAAGGCGUUGGCGCCGGAGUACAAGCUGGUGGCCCAACACUACGCCCAGGACAAGGAUGUGGCGAUUGUGAAGAUGGAUGCCACCAAGUACAAGCACCCGUCGGCUGAGAUUAAGAGCUAUCCCACCCUGAAGCUCUAUGCCAAGGGCAAGAAGAGCGCUCCCAUCGAUGGCGAGUUCAAGACAACUCGAACGAAGGACGGCAUCUUGGACUUCAUAGAGCAAAACCGCGCCACGCGAAAGACCGGCAAGGGAGGGAAGCCUGUGGCCGAGGAGCCGAGGGCGGAGGCCCCAAAGGUCUCCGCGAGCUCGAAGCCCGUUCCUUCAGCACAGGGCGGGCUUUGGUUCUUUGACGACCGCAUGGAUCCGAAGAGCCAGGGCAAGGAAUUGACCGGCGACAUGGCCACCUCGAGCAACGGCUAUACCUUGGUGCAGGUGGGGGACUUGGGGAUGCUCCUCUCGCCCGACGGCAGCGCCAAAGCUGUGCGCCGCUUUGAGUCAGCGCAAGCCGCCCAGGCCGCAAGGGCUGCUCAGGCCCCUCCUGAGGUUGGCAGCUUGCCCUGUCCGAUGGAUCCAAACGUCCACAGCUGCAAGGCGUGGUGCGAAGGGGUGGUGCAAGGCGAGCAGCCUCGUGCGGCGAGCGGCGGCAAGAAGUGCUCCGAAUUGGCGCCCGGUGCCGCUGCGCACGAUCAGCCAGCAUGCAUGUGCUAUGAUGAGGGGUACAAGGUGCAGCUGGCCAUGUGCGUCAGCCGCUGCCCAGGCGCGAAGCAGAAGGAGCAGAAGGAGCCGAAGGAGCAGAAGGAGCCGAAGGAGCCGAAGGAGCAGAAGGAGCAGAAGGGGGCGGAAGGUACCUGCGCUGCUGGGGAGUCUUGCGCUGCGACGGCAGGCCAAUCAAGGCGCUUCCUGCUCUAUGACACAAAGUACGGGGAGGGCUUCAAUCUUCAGCGCGAGGUUUACCCUCGCGCUGGCUGGGUGGUGGCUGAAGUGAACAAGGCCCUGGCGGCAAAGUGUGGGUCCAAGACGGAGGGCGAGUGCGCGCGCUUGGUGCUGGUGCUGCCGCCCUGGUGCCAGGUAGUUCACUGGUGGACCGGCCCAGACCACGUCUAUUGGCGUACCUUCUUCGACUCCAAGGCCCUGCACAGUUCGCAGGUGCCGGUCAUGGAGUUCGACGAGUACGUGCGACUGGUGGGAGGUCAGAAGGUGGACUUGGCUGUGUCUCUGGAGACGGAACAGCUCAAGGAACAGAAGGACAAGUUGACCGACGGCCGGGGCAACUUCAUGGGGUUUGCGAGCAUCAGCGAGUGCAAGACAAAGUACGUGAAGCCCCUGGAGUUUCAGAAGCUGCCCAGCGGCGAGCUCCAGGUGGUGUACGCCGGCCACUGCGACGGAGCAAUUGCAGCCAAGGAGCUGAAGUGCGCUGCGCUGGAUGGGCCAUGGCCGAGAGGGGUGGUCGACAUGAUCCUGGCGCUGCCCAAGGCUCAGUCAGUUCUGCUGAAGAACUAUGACUACCUGCUGGCGCCGGACAACGAGGAGCUGGACAAGCUCGGCCUGCGUGAGUCGAUGCUCUUCGCUCCGGACCUCCGGGACCACGCCGAGAAGUUCAUUGCCACUGCUUUGAAGGGAGACAAGUAUCUCGCAGCCCAUUGCCGUCGUACGGACUUCCUUAGAGCACGGGAGAAGACCACCCCCGACGUAUCUAAUAUCGCGAUGAAGCUGAACGAACUCCUGGAGCAGGAAGGCUUGAAGCAGGUGUUCAUCGCCACGGAUGCGCCGGGUGAUCUGCGGGCAGAGCUCCAGAAGCAGGUCAUGGCUCCUGUGAUUUUCUACGAUGCCGAUCAUGGCGCAGUGGAAUUCGACCACAAGGGCAAGCAGGCCAAGCGAUCGGCGCGGGUCGAUGUACCCUUCCCGGAGCUGCCAUCGGACGCUGACACGGAGCUGCCAUCCUGGCGGACCGGACUGCACAGCGAUUGGAGACUGCGCCUGGGGUCCACCGUCUUCGAGAUUCACAAGGUCCUCACAGGCCAUGGUCCUCGUGCUUCGGCCUUCCUCUGCAGCGCCUUUACCACAGGGCAGCAGCUCGCCGCAGUACAGGCCUUCUGUGGAGCCGAGGAAGGCGAGACAGGCGGCCGCAGCGAGACGGACCUGUCCCACAUCCUUCCAGAGCAGGUUUGGCCAUUCUUCAGUCAAGCCCUGGACUACAUUUACUCAGAGGAGCUCGCGAUGAACGAGGAGAACGCAGUGCCAUUGCUUCGGUGUGCUGACGCGCUGCAAAUCCGCUCGCUGUUCCUUCGCUGCGUCGAAGGCAUCAACGAGCUGCUGUCCACUUCCACCGCGCCCAGGAUACUUUCAGACAGCGUGGCCAUACUUGGUGGGCCCUUGGCGGACCAGAUCAUCAAGGCGGCCUCGGACGUGAUCUGCGAGCACUUUGACGCCUACGUGGUGGAGGACCUGCGGCGUUUGCCGGCAAGUGCAGUGGCACUGAUCCUGCGCCGUGAUGAUAUCUCCAUCAUGCACGAGAACGAGGUCUUUGAUUUCGUCGUCCAAAUGAGCAGCGAUCUCAUCUCCAGCGGACGUGGUGAGGAGGCAACACAGCUUUGGCAGGCGAUCCGAUUUGGAGCGCUGUCCAACAGCUACAUGGUGAGAGCGGCCCAGAUCGAAAUCAUCCCGCGAAUGACCUUGAUUUGGUCCAAGGUGCUCAAUCGCAACGGAAAUCACGCGUUGCAGGCGUUGAUGUCUGAGCAAUGCCUUUCAGAAGGAUGGCCAAUGCCUGCACCGCCGAAUCCCCGCAAGCCCUUCAAGGACAUGACCUGUGCUGUCAUGUACUCGGUGGACACGGAUGCUCGAAACGACCAGGACGUGGAGCGCAACAUCACAGCGGCGACGUUGGUGGCGGAGGAGAUCGAGUUCCUGGGAGGCCGAGUCUUCCUGGAGAACAUCUUCGCAAGGCCGCCCACAGUCCGUGACUGCCCCGAUGGCAGUAUCAUCAACAUGGAUCAGGUGGACGUCGCCUUCGUGCUGGCGCCCUGGACCCCCUCGGAGAAGCGCAUCGCGCGGCUCAUCCACUUCGUGGACCAAGGUGGAGGUGCGGUCCUCCUCUCCUUCAUUGGGGGCCUCAGCAAGGGCGUCUGGCGGGACUUGGAAUACGAGCCGCUCAUCACCGGCAAGGUGGCCGACAGCACGCCGUAUGAGGACGUGUACCUGUCCAGCCCCAGCUUCGCAUCCCUAGACAUGGGAACAUCAAAGCGAAGCCAGGAUACCUUGGGACCUCCCCGCAUUCUUUGCGGAGUUGACUCCAUCAACGGGCGCCGGCGCAUCACCUCGACGCUCGUGGAGGGCGCCAAGGUGUUGGCGAAGUGGAGCGACGGGCAGCCCUUGGUGGUCCAGCACCCCGAGAAGAACGUGUUCUCCAUCUCUCAGCGGGUAAGCCGGAUCUUCGAGCUAGACGACGACCUUGGCCAUGAUGAUACGCUCCAGCUGGUGCUGAACGUCAUGGUGCAGGCUGGGAAAGAGUCAAAGCGUCUGCGCGGCCUUCGACGAAUGUCCGUCCCUUCUCGACAAGGUCAUUCGGAUCCCGUGCUGACUGGCGGCGUGAACGUGUCCUUGUGA